AUUUAGAAGAUCAAUUUUUAUUAAAUAGAGAAAUUAAUACUGAAACUAUUCGCAAUAAUGUUUCUAAAUCUAAUGACUGGGUUCAAAAUUGUCUAUUUAAUUAUAAUGAGUCUGAAUUUAGAAAAAUGCUUAGAAUGGAUAAAAAAACUUUUUGGACUCUAGUUGAAAAGAUUCAAUAUCAUCCAGUAUUUUAUUCUAAUUCAAAUAAUUUACAAACAAAUGUUGAGUUACAACUUGCUGUUGCAUUAAAUCGAUUAGGUACAAAAUCUUCUCUUUGGACAAUUUCAACUUUAUUUGGAAUUUGUGAAGCAACAGUAUUAAAUUUUUUAAAUAGAAUAAUUAUUGCUAUUCAAUCUUUAAGAUCAGAGUAUAUAAUUUGGCCAUCUGAAAAUUAUCAACAAGAAGUUAAUACUGGAUUUAAACAAAUUCAAGGAUUUCCAAUA